GUAGAGCUACUGCACAUAACCAGACACCACUCCUCAACCAGACAACUAAGAACUAUUUCCCUACCUUCCUCUUGCCGGCAUUCAUGCUUUCUAGAAGUAAUGCCUACAAUUUAACAACUAAAGGGCCAUGGUUUAAGUGUUUUGUUUAGGGAAUAGGGAUUGCACUCUUUUUGCCAGUCAGGGUCUGAUUAUGGUACAACAGAGAUGGUUUACUUGAUUAGUUUGAUGCACCAAAAGAAUAGCUAUUUGAGUGUAUUAAAUCUGUGUGUAAUAAAAUGGUAGGAUGCCAAACUUGAUUUAUGGCCAACUAGCUUAUUUCUAGUUAGAAACCGUAACGAGGACUAGUCAUUGAUAGCUAUGCAAUAAAGCAGUUUGGUGUCUGAUAAUCUGACUUUCUGGUUUGCAUUGCAUGGUAGGCAAAUUGGUACAUGCACCAGUUCUGCUCUGUUGAGAUGCAGCUAUUUUCAAAAGAAUCCUAUUAUUAUAGAUUUAGCUUCAGCCUUGUGCUGAAAAGUGAUACAAACCAUCCCCUAACAUGUCGGCUUGAAAAUAAUAGAGAUUUGGAGUUAGAUCUGGAGGUGUAAUCACCCAAUUCUCGCAACAAAGGAAUUAUGGGGGCAAUACAGGAAGCAUGGACAUUUCAAGUAGAGGACCAUUGUGGAGUGUGAAGUCCCAAUCAUUCUGGCCCCAACUGAAGCAAAUGGUUUGGGAUAUUUCCCUCUCCUUGCACCCAACCAACUAUGGUCCAUAGUUUGGUAACCAUCCAAAAGAAUAUAUUAGGUAGGCAAAUAUUAUGUAAGCCCGUCUGGAUUUCAUCAUGGACAUGUAAGUUGCUCCUAACAUGGAACAAUUAAUGGUCCACCUCAGCAAGUCAUAGUUUCAUCUGCAUCCUCAGAAUGUUAUGCCCACAGCCUUCAUUACCGCGGAGGAUGAAUCCUAAUCUGUAGAAAAUUCAGCAUAUUCAUACUAAUCUCGUUCUCCAUGAGCAAACGGCAAAGCACAUGUUGCGGAAGUCGAAUAAGUCCUGAUCAUAAUUGAUGGUGUCCUUAUUAAGCAUCACUGAUAACGUUAUCUUUUGCCAUGUGGAUUAGCGUAUACUCUAUUGCCAUGUGGAUUAGCAUAUAUAAAUACGAUAUCAGGAGAUCUGGCUUGCUACAGAAAGAAAUAGGAAGCAGUUGCAGGACUAGCAAGUUUGGUGAAUCUUUUUAAUUUAGGGUUGACCAAGCAGCUCAACUAACCAAUACUAAUACUAGAGUACAAAACAGAAAUGCUGCAUAUGAAAGUAGUUUCAUCGGACUAUCGGCAAUUGGCAAAAACCAUGAUUGUGCAAGCAGACCAUACUAGUAGGCAAAAACAAAGAAAAAAGACGGUGGGUGGGCAAAAGAAAAUCCGUUUGAGCAGCGUCGGAUACCUGUUCCGCCUCAUCCUGUUUUAUUAUUGAAGAAUAAACAAGGAAAAGGGGUGUAUGAUGAGGGGGCUUCCUUUUGUUAAUACCUCAUCCAGUUUGCAUUAUGCACAUUGGCUUGUUAAAUGGAGAAAUGGUAAGAUGAUUGGGGCUCGUGAGAUCAGGGCUGUUUUCUUUAAAGUAUACAUGAAUGAUCCGUCUACAACUAAUACUCUGUCCUAGUAUACAAUACAGAUCAUCUCCAUGUCGACAUGAUUGUGUUGGAGAAUCAAAACAGCCCCCGUAGUCCAUAGACGACAUCAUGUAGGACACACGAAUUGCACUGCCCCUGGGUCACAACUGACAGGAGAGGUCCUAGAAAAUGGCUCGGGGAAUAGUCUCCAACGUGGCACAUAUUCUUCAUCUAAAUAAAAUUCUUGGCAGACAAAUUAUCAUUGAGUUUGUGUCUUACAGAAAGAUUGAGGUUCUAUAUCCGAUCUCGGCGAUCGUCGAUGCGGAUAAUUUACUUGUAGACUGAACGGGUUCGACACCCUGGCCCUGGAUUGAUGGGUUAUUUGCUUGUGUUGCACGAGUAGUUUUUAGGCAGGGAGGGCAGCAUCAAGGGAAAGAGAGUGGGAGGGAGGGGAAAUUGGGUGGACCUAAUAAUCCCCCACAAACAACUUAGGAAGAGGGAGGCAUCACGGGUGGAUGCGGUUAGUUAGCUGUUAAAACCGAAGGCGCCAAGAGGGUAGGCAGGGGGAGCUUACCUCACUUUACACCUACCUGUGAGGCUUGUGAAUCGGGCAAGUAGGCAGGCAAAUGGAGCCUGUGUGUCCUGUGCCCUGUGGCUGGCUGUGUCGUUGUUGCCUUUCUAUCCUCCUCUUUGUGUGUGUGUGUGUGUGUGUAAUAAACUGGUAAACAAACCGGUGGGGUGCUGAGUUGAGGUGAGGUCAUGACCUGUGGGAGAGGGAGGGGGAGGCCUACCAGUGCCCGUACCAGCCUAACCUUUUUCCCACCAACUCAGCCUCUAGAAGACCUUCUUCCCCGAUCCAGUGCCAGUCAAGUGCAGUGCCGCCUAUAAAGAUCCAGCCUCCGGGUCACCCACCCCUCCCCGUAGCACUAGCCCCCAACAACAACAACAGCACCAACUUCCACUCCUGCAAACCCGACCCAACCCAACCCAACCCACCACCGAGCACAAGAAAAGGAGAGUCAUCGGCGGCGGCAGACCAUCUACAGAGAUAGUGAGAUGGGGAGGUCGCCGUGCUGCGAGAAGGCGCACACCAACAAGGGCGCCUGGACCAAGGAGGAGGACGACCGGCUCACCGCCUACAUCAAGGCGCACGGCGAGGGCUGCUGGCGCUCCCUGCCCAAGGCCGCGGGGUUGCUCCGCUGCGGCAAGAGCUGCCGCCUCCGCUGGAUCAACUACCUCCGCCCCGACCUCAAGCGCGGCAACUUCAGCGAUGAGGAGGACGAGCUCAUCAUCAAGCUCCACAGCCUCCUGGGCAACAAAUGGUCUCUGAUAGCCGGGAGACUCCCAGGGAGGACGGACAACGAGAUCAAGAACUACUGGAACACGCACAUCAGGAGGAAGCUCACGAGCCGGGGGAUCGACCCGGUGACCCACCGCGCGAUCAACAGCGACCACGCCGCGUCCAACAUCACCAUAUCCUUCGAGACGGCGCAGAGGGACGACAAGGGCGCCGUGUUCCGGCGAGACGCCGAGCCCACCAAGGUAGCGGCAGCGGCAGCGGCGAUCACCCACGUGGACCACCAUCACCAUCACCGUAGCAACCCCCAGAUGGACUGGGGCCAGGGGAAGCCACUCAAGUGCCCGGACCUGAACCUGGACCUGUGCAUCAGCCCCCCGUCCCACGAGGACCCCAUGGUGGACACCAAGCCCGUGGUGAAGAGGGAGGCCGGCGUCGGCGUCGGCGUCGUGGGCCUGUGCUUCAGCUGCAGCAUGGGGCUCCCCAGGAGCGUGGAGUGCAAGUGCAGCAGCUUCAUGGGGCUCCGGACCGCCAUGCUCGACUUCAGAAGCAUCGAGAUGAAAUGAGCAGAGCAGAGCAGAGCACCCCCUCCCUCCUCUCUCCUGUGACUUGGAUAUUGGUUUAGCCUGUAGGUGAAAAUACAGCGAGUGAAAGAGAUGCAAGAAGAAAGAGCGAUGAUCUUGUGGUGCCCUGUUUCGCCAGGAUCAUCUCCUUUCCUUCUUUAUGCCCUCUCGUUGCUCCAUUUUGUUUGUCCGGUUGUAAAAAAAAAAUUACCGUUUGACUAAUCAUGGGCAAUAAUACUCUGGUGCUGGGUGGCUCACUGUAUAAAUUACAGGAGUGCUUUCAAGAAA